AAAGCCUCACAAGUUACUUGCUCUCUCUCUCUCUCUCUCUCUCUCUCUCUCUCUCUCUUAGGGGCUUGAAGCUUCAAAGAAGGAAAAGAAGAAGAAGAAGAAGAUGGGGAUAGUGCCAUGUCCCUUGGCAUGUCACACAGACAACGACUUUGAAUCAAACGCAAACCGGCGACAGCAGCAGCAAAUCCUCCACUCAGAGUUGGGUUCCUCUCUCUCAUCCCAACCAAGUCUACCCUCCGUUCCUUCCCUCACCCCACAACCCUCACAACGAAAUCACCACCACCACCACCACCACCCUACUCCUCCCGCUGCCUACCACUGCAUCUCAACUCUCAAAGGCCACUCCUCCUACGUCUUCUCCCUCGCCCUCGCCGGCAAAUUCCUCUACAGCGGCUCCUUGGAUCGUGAAAUCCGAUCCUGGCCCCGUCAUCCUCCUCUUUCCAACACUCCUAACCCCAACCUCAAUUCCUCUUCUUCCAACAACAACGUCGUCGCCGUCGGCAACGGCGCCGUCAAGUCCCUCGUUUUUUCCGGCGACAAAUUAUUCAGCGCCCACCAAGAUCACAAGAUCCGAGUAUGGCAUAUCGACAACAUCAACCAAGAUAAAAAUAUGUACAAGCUCUUAGCCACUCUUCCCACGCUCAGCGACCGUGUCCUGCGUCUCCUCCUACCCAACAACCACGUCCAGGUUCGUCGCCACAAGAAAUGCACAUGGGUCCAUCACGUCGACACAAUCUCCGCUCUCGCCCUUUCUCGUGACGGUUCCCUUCUCUACUCCGUCUCAUGGGAUCGAACCUUCAAGGUAUGGCGAACCUCCGAUUUCAAAUGCCUCGAAUCUGUUAGUAACGCACAUGACGAUGCCAUCAAUGCCUUAGCCUUAUCCAACGAUGGGUAUCUCUACACAGGCUCAGCUGAUACCAAAAUUAAGGUCUGGGGAAAGGGAAUGGGAAAGGGAAAGGGAGAGCUCCGUGGUGACAAGAAGCAUUCCCUGGUGGCAACUCUUGAAAAGCACAAAUCCACCGUUAAUGCCUUAGCUCUUACUACUGAUGGGUCUGUGCUUUACUCCGGCGCUUGUGAUCGAUCAAUUGUGGUUUGGGAGAAGGACAGUAGUGCCGCCGCCGGCGGCAGCGGCGGAGGAGAGCAUAUGGUGGUGGUUGGGGCGUUGAGGGGACACACUAAGGCCAUUCUGUGUUUGGCUGUGGUGUCUGAUUUGGUGUGUAGUGGAUCGGCAGACAAGACUGUGAGGAUUUGGAAGAGAAGUGUUGAGAAAAGUUACAGUUGUUUGGCAGUCUUGGAAGGACAUAGUGGACCCGUUAAGUGUCUUACUGCGGCCGUUGAUCGUAAUGAUUCCUUGAUCACAACCUCUGCUUAUUCAACUUCUUAUCUGGUUUAUAGUGGCAGUUUGGACUGUGAUAUCAGAGUCUGGCAGAUUUUGGUUCCUUUUCCAUAGGCUUGGUUUGUUUGGUUUCAACUUGCAGGUUUUCCAUACCCUUAAUUAAUUAAUUGAUUUUUUUUUUCUUUUUUGCUUAGUUAGUUUGUUGGGAUGAGAAGAUUUUGUAUUACUUAACUUAAAUAUAUCUUUUUGCUCUUCAUAUUUUUUUUCGUCAGAGUUGGUGACAUGUUACUGUAAAUGAUGAGUAAGCAGAGCAUAUUAUAGGCUGUUUGUUUU